AAAAUCCCAAAAUACCAAAUGCCAAAACCCUGAUUUGCUCUAAAACCUCAGGAAAUUGGCACACUCCAACUAUUCCAGCUUCCUUCUCCGGCCGAACAAAAAUGGAGUACGUUAAUCCCGAAGGUCUCCGUUUAGAUGGUCGCCGUCCAAUGGAGAUGAGACAACUUCGUGCUGAAAUAGGGGUUGUAUCGAGAGCAGAUGGUUCUGCCUCGUUUGAAAUGGGGAAUACCAAAGUCAUUGCAGCAGUUUAUGGUCCUAGGGAGGUUCAGAACAGGAGCCAACAGAUGAAUGACCAGGCACUGGUACGUUGCGAGUAUAGCAUGGCUAAUUUCAGCACUGGCGAUCGCCGGAGAAAAACAAAGGGUGACAGGAGAUCCACGGAGAUAUCUCUUGUUAUUCGCCAGACAAUGGAAGCUUGCAUAUUGACACACCUGAUGCCUCGCUCUCAGAUAGACAUUUAUGUCCAAGUCCUCCAAGCAGAUGGAGGUACAAGAUCAGCAUGCAUAAAUGCUGCCACACUGGCACUAGCUGACGCCGGGAUUCCCAUGCGUGAUCUUGUUACAUCAUGCAGUGCUGGAUAUCUGAAUAGCACACCUCUUCUGGAUUUAAACUAUUUGGAAGACAGUGCUGGAGGCGCUGAUGUCACUGUAGGAAUUUUACCUAAGUUGGACAAAGUGACCCUUCUGCAGAUGGAUGCUAAACUACCAAUGGAUAUUUUUGAAAAUGUCAUGCAAUUAGCAGUUGAAGGCUGCAAAGCAGUAGAAAGCCACAUCCGAGAAAUAUUGUUAGAAAAUGCUCAGACAUUGGUCAUUCGCCAAGGGUAUGGCUCUUAACAGGCCGAGGAAUUUUUAUUGAGUCUUUGGUACUUAUCUAUGCAUGGUUUAUUCUGCUUGUUUCCAAAUUGCCGCAAUUCCUGAAGGGAAAAAGGAGUCCUGGAUUUGCUGCUGCAAUUUUUUUUUAAAAACAAUGGUUGAUCAAAAUGUAUUAAGAGUACUAUUCAGCCAAAGCUUGUGGAAAAAUUAUUUCUCUUCACUUUACCUGUGGUCUUUUUUUUCGGUGCUUGUAGGGUGUGUAUUUAUGGAAAUUGAUGAUUAAUGUACAAGUUAAAAGUUAUUGGAAUUGUAAUUGAAGAA